AUGCAGCUGGUGGCCAGCCUGGUGUCUGUUCUGCUGCUGGUGUGGAGCGUGAGAGCCACGGCGCUGCCUGGAGAAGAGAGACUCGCGUUACAGAACAGUAGGGAGCAGACCAAGCUGCGCAGGGAUGCCCUGCUGAAGAUGCUGGCGGGGCUCCUGGAGGGCGCAGACGUGGCCUCCCCAGACCUGGAGGAGGAAGGCAAGCUGGAGGAGGAGCGGGCGGUGCUGGGGCGGCUGGCUCAGCUCUCGCAGCGGGACCGCAAGGCGCCCUGUAAAAACUUCUUCUGGAAAACCUUCACCUCCUGCUAG